CUCCUAAUAUUCUAGUAUACCAAUCAAUUUUGAAUUCUUUUCAAUACAUUUUUUUCUUAUUUGUCAACCAAAACAACAUGAAUACCUCUAUUCAAACCUCCUACUUUAAUUAGAAGUUAAGAAGAAAAACAGAAACGCAUGAAACUGGGGAGAAAGUUCCUGCGUGGAUGGGGAGAAAGUUCCUGCGUGGAUUAUUUCUCUAUCCAUUAUCAUCAGUUCACCUAUAUUUCUAUAUAACCUGACUUAUCCUUGUGUCAGCAAACUCAUAUUCCUUCCUCAUACAACAAAAACAUAACAUAAUGGUCUACAAAACUUUACAACUCAAUCUCACAUCAGCAAAAGAUCUCAACAACGUUAACCUCUUCUCCAAAAUGCAAGUCUACGCCGUCGCUUCAAUCUCAGGCAACCCGUUCAAUAAUCAAAAGACUAAAACACCCGUUGACAGAGAAGGAGGUACUAACCCGGCUUGGAAUUUCUCAGUUAAACUCACUUUCAGUGAAGUGCUAGCUCACCAUAAUCGUUUGACUCUCGAAAUCAACCUUCGCUGUUCCGGCAGCCUUGCCACCGAUAAAGAUGUCGGUAGCGUCCAAGUUCCUCUCGGCGAGCUUCUCAAACAAACCGGUGACGGAAAAACCUUCCAACAUGUUAGUUACCAAGUUAGAAAACCGUCUGGAAAACCAAAAGGUUCCUUUAAUUUUUCCUACAAAAUCACUGAUCAGGUGAACCAGAAGGCGGUGGAGUCUGCUUCUUCACCUUACCCUGUUGUGUAUCCUCCUCCUCAGUCCCAAUAUCCGGCCGGAUAUACGUACCCAUCGCCUCCAGCGGGUUACUUUUAUCCGCCACAAAACCGCUCUGUGUACCCGGCUCCAGAGGCAGUACCGGUUGCAAUGAGUCAUUUAAUUUUCUUUGUAUUAAGAGCUUUUUUAUCCAUUUGAUUUUGUGUAGUUUUUUUUGUUUAUGAUAUAUACACGCUUGCAUAUA